CUAGCUGCUGUUGUUUGCAAACGAGAUUAUAGUUAUUUACGUGUUUACUUUAUAAUUUAGGUUAAAACACUUUAUAUCAUAAUACAAUCAUGAAGGAGCCGAAGCAGACUCCUAUAAAGGAGUUGGCCGAGUUACGCGCGUACUUCGCGUCGCACAACGCGGUCCGCGAGUACGUCGCGCACUCGUCCAAGGUGCACUCGGUGGGCUGGUCGUGCGACGGCCGCAAGCUCGCCUCGGGCUCCUUCGAUAAGACCGUCGCCAUCUUCAACCUGGAGCGGAACCGACUGGUGCAAGAGUUUGUGUUCCGUGGCCACACUGGGUCAGUGGACCAACUAUGCUGGCAUGCAUCACACCCGGACCUGCUCAGCACGGCCAGUGGGGACAAAUCUGUGCGCAUCUGGGACUCCAGAUCCCGCAAGUGUGCCGCAGUGAUCCCGACGAAAGGCGAGAACAUCAACAUCGCGUGGGCCCCCAGCGGCGCCGCCAUCGCCGUCGGCAACAAGGAGGACCUCGUCUCCUUCAUCGACACGCGCACCUACAAAGUGGUGACAGAGGAACAAUUCCACUUUGAAGUGAACGAGAUCUCAUGGAACAACAGCUCGGACCUGUUCUACCUGACCAACGGGCUGGGCUGCGUGCACAUCCUGUCCUACCCGGGACUCGAACUGCAGACCGUGCUGAAGGCGCACCCCGGCACGUGUAUAUGUAUAGAGCACGAUCCGACAGGGCGGUACUUCGCGACGGGGUCGGCCGACGCGUUGGUUUCGCUCUGGGAUGCUCAGGAGUUGGCUGCGCUUAGAGUAUUUUCCAGACUGGAGUGGCCGGUGCGCACGCUGUCGUUCAGCUUCGACGGGCGCCUGCUGGCGUCGGCCAGCGAGGACCACGUUAUAGACAUCGGGGACACGGAGACAGGAGAGAAAGUAGCAGAGAUCCCGGUGUCCGCGGCCACAUUCACCGUGUCCUGGCACCCCGGCCGGUACCUGGCCGCCUUCGCCUGCGAGGACAAGGAGCCCCCGGAGAGGAAGCGAGACGCGGGCAACCUCAAGCUGUGGGGGCUGCCCACCCAGGACCGCAACUAGCUGU